AUGGCUGGUGCAGUGGAGCUGUUCAAGACUGGUGUAGAGGGGGCAACCCUUGGCGGUUUCUGCCCCGUCAUGUCCGGACCGCGGCCGCAUGAGCUUCGGUCGGCGCUGGGUGCGGAUCCAAAGCUCGCCAAUGAAGUUGCCCUUACGGGAAGCCAGAGCGGAACUGCAAGACAUUGGGAGGAUAAGCCAAAUGCUGGCUACUCUGGGACGCCCAUGUGGAAGAUCAAGGCGCAGCUUCAAGAGCAGCAGGCCAGUGCUUCAGCAGGACCAAUCAAAGUCCCUGAUGGCUUUAAGCAGGUGGAGAAGGGACAGCCACUCUACUACAACGACAAACGCCAGGUCUACUGGAAUGCCGAAGACGGCAAGACAUAUGUCUAUGAUGCAAUCAUGCAGAGAUACUCUCUGCUGUACGAUGGCAACAUCUACGACCACCGCAUGGCUGUGGGCUCGUGCUUCCAUGAGAAGGCAGCACAGGUGCGCCAUGUUCUGGUAAAGGACCUGGCAAAGGCUGCCCAGGCGAUGCGCAUGUCGGUAGAACACCUGGAUAGGCCUUGUGCUCUUUACGCACUGUACGAGGGCCACAGAGGUUCACCCAGCUCAGGAUCGGCCAAUGCUUGUGCUGAGUUCUGCGUGAAGCAUCUCCAUCAGAAGCUGCUGCCCAAGCUCUCAGCUUUCCGUGGCUUCUGGGAGGACACGCGCCUUCAAGUAGCAAUGCGAGAAAGCUUUGAGGAGCUGGAUGCUGAAUUCAUCGAGAAGCACCCCGGGCUCCCUGAUGGUUGCUGUGCGGCGGUUGCCUUGGUCACAGGCCCCCGUGUCGUGAUCGCAUCCCUGGGAGAUGUGGCUGCAGUGGUCUGCAUGCGCAGUGGAGAGGCGCAAGAGUUCCUCAAGCCGCACGUUGUUCCUGGUUUAGAUGACGACGAUGACGAAGAUGAGGAUCCCCGGGUUGCACCUGCGUCAGGACAUCAGCCGCCGAUUCAAUCGACUCGAUCGUUGGGAGAUGCGGAUUUCAAGAAGUCUGACAGCUCACCACGACUCCUCAGCACGCCUGAUGUCAAGGUGCUUCAUUUGGAGCAGAAGCACUUGGGUAUCGCGUUUGUGUGUCGAGCAUUGUAUGGCGCUAUCGGCAAAAGCAUCGCAGUCUCCACAGUUUCCAAGCGCUGCGCGCCGCGGGCGCGGAUGGCUGCUGGAGCGCUUGUGGAUGCUGCAGUGCAGUGGUUGGGCCAGGUGGGGGAGCUUGGCUUGGGCUCCAUCGUCGUUUUCUUUGACAGGAUAGAAGAUGGACCCGCCCACAAGCGGGCCAAGAAGGAAGAACCGACCCAGGUGCGCUUGAGGCACAUUUUGCUCAAGCACAGAGAGUGCAAGAGCACCAUCGACAAGGUGCGCAACAAGCAAGUCAAGCGAAGUCGAGGAGAUGCCGAGCGCCUCCUCCGAGCUGUGUUAGAAGAAUGCCAGAACGACCCUGGCAUGAAGAUAUUCACCCAGCGGUGCAAGGAGAUGUCAGAGUGCCAAAGCUGCCUGAAAGCUGGAGAGCUGGUCGGUGACCUGAGUUGGGUGAAGCCUGGCAAGUACGGCCAAAAUUUCGAUGAUGUUGCAUUUGCUCUAUCGGUGGGUCAGAUAAGCGAUUUGGUAGACACUGAUCAGGGCGUCCACAUCAUUCUGCGUUCAGCAUGACGAAGAGACCAAAGUGAGAGCUGAAUGCAACUGAGCAGCUCGUUUCUUCGCAUUAGUGUUGGAUCAUUCAUGACUGC